CUUGUAGGGAGUAAAAUGCAAAAACGGGGGUUCUAUAGACGGACGGAUGCGGACGGCGGCCAUAAGAAGGUGCAGGGGCAGGGGGCUCUCCUCUCCUCUCCCUCGGUCUUUGCCAAAUUCCCACUCCGCUUGGCUUUCUGGCCGCCCUGCCCGCUCUGCCCGCAUCCUCGCCCUCAGCCUUCGCCUUUCCCCUGCCCGCGCUGCCCCGACACCACCACCACCCCUCCUCUUCACUCUCCUCCUCGACUUCCCUUCCACCACCACCCGCCGCGCGGCGUCGCCGAUGCCACCCUGCGCGCUCGCCGCCGGGGGGAGCGCGCGGCGGCGGCUUCCUCCGCGGCGCUGACGAGCGGGGGACCUCGGGGGUUGCGCGGGUGGGCGGCGGCGGUGAAGGUGCGUGUGUGCGCGCGGGUGGGGGUGAUGGGGAAGGAGGGGAAGCGGCGGGAGGAGGAGGGGAGGCGGAGGAGGAAGGGGAAGGGGAAGGGGGCGGGGGAGAUGGUGCUGCAGCAGGAGGAGGAGGACGCGGCGCCCGCGAUGGGGUGCUGGAUCCGCAUCCCGCGCCGGCUCGGCGGCGGCUGCAUGUCGUCGCGCUCCAAGGUCGACUCCUCCACCACCACCAGCGGCGGCGGCGGCGGCGGCAGCGCUCGCGUCGGCGGCGAAAGCAAAUCAGCGAAUGAUGGUUGUCGAGACCAUUCAGUUCAACCAAUGGCCUCUGGUUCCACAACAUCCAGUAACACUGGAAGCAUCUCACCUUCGUCCAUAGUCGGAGAGGAACUUAAACUAGCUUUCCAACUCCGUAGGUUUACAUUUAAUGAACUUAAGUGUGCCACAAGAAACUUCCGGCCUGAGAGUCUCCUUGGUGAAGGAGGUUUUGGCUGUGUCUUUAAAGGUUGGAUUGAGGAGAACGGAACUGCUCCCGUAAAACCUGGCACAGGAUUAACGGUUGCUGUCAAGACACUUAACCAUGAUGGGCUGCAGGGCCAUAAAGAGUGGGUGGCAGAAGUUGAUUUUCUUGGAAACCUUCAACAUCCACACCUAGUGAAAUUGGUUGGUUACUGCAUCGAAGAUGACCAAAGGUUGCUAGUGUAUGAAUUUAUGCCUCGUGGAAGCUUGGAGAACCAUCUUUUUAGGAGGUCUUUACCUCUCCCAUGGGCCAUCAGAAUGAGAAUAGCACUUGGUGCUGCUAAGGGCCUUGCUUUUCUUCAUGAAGAAGCUGAAAGGCCAGUUAUCUAUCGGGAUUUCAAAACUUCAAAUAUUCUUUUAGACGCGGACUACAAUGCAAAACUCUCUGAUUUUGGACUAGCUAAAGAUGGCCCUGAGGGUGAUAAAACACAUGUAUCUACUCGAGUCAUGGGAACUUAUGGAUAUGCAGCUCCGGAGUAUGUCAUGACAGGUCACUUGACAUCAAAGAGUGACGUGUACAGCUUUGGAGUGGUGCUACUGGAGAUGAUGUCAGGCAGAAGGUCAAUGGACAAGAAUAGGCCAAACGGUGAACACAACCUGGUUGAAUGGGCGCGUCCUUAUCUUGGAGAAAGACGGCGAUUCUAUAGGCUUGUAGACCCCCGUCUGGAGGGGAACUUCUCCAUAAGAGGCGCUCAGAAGACAGCUCAGCUGGCCUGUGCCUGCCUUAACCGGGAUCCCAAGGCCAGGCCUCUCAUGAGUCAAGUGGUCGAAGUCCUCAAGCCCCUCCUGAACCUCAAAGACAUGGCCAGCUCCUCAUACUUCUUCCAAUCCAUGCAGCAGGAGCGUGCCGCAAGCCUCGGCAACCCAAUUGGCAGCCAAAGCAUGAAGGCACAGGGCACCUUCGCGCGCAACGGGCAGCAGCCAAUGAGGAGCCUCUCCUAUGGCCCGCACGCCUCCCCGUACCGGCAGUCCCCAAGGCCCAACAACGGCAAACUGCAAUGAGAGAGUCCUUGGUGCUCAUUCUGCCAUCCAUUCAACAAUGAUCAGUGCAAGACUGGACUUCCUAUCCAACCUGGGUGCAUUGGUGGUGCACCCAACCAACCUACCAUGGCACCUGGGAGCACCCUGUGUCGUGGAGGAAACCGGGUUUCCAGAACGACUAGAACUGCGCGCAAACGUGUACAAUGUGCAAACUUUCAUCUUGUCGCUUAAGCUUCUACAUUUCCAAUUCUAGCUUACCCUUGACUUGGGAGAGGGGGUGGAUCAAACCGGGUUUUUCUUUUGCUUUUCUUCUGAACAAAUGCUCAGACUGAGGUGGUUAGGUUUGCCCCUUCCCGGAGAAUGCUGGGUUUGGGCUCUUACUCGCACUGUCAUCACCUGUCGGUCGCCUUCGCCUUGUAAUUAAUCGCCAUGUGGAGAAUGGCAAAAAAAAAGGGGAGGCAAAUUGGUCGUCAUCAAAGACCGUCGUCUUCGUCGUCGCCAUCAUCAUUCCAUGAUGCUUGCUGGAUUAUGGAGAUGGUGAGGAAGGGAGGAAGGGCAGGCAGGUCAGUUAAGGCGCAUGUGCCAUUGAUGGGGUGACAGAGCUAAGCUCCGCUUUCAGGUAGGCCGUGGUACGCGACGCACCCCUCCUUCCUUUGACAGAUAGAUCAUGAUCAUAUGCAUGCAUGCGACGAUGCGAGUUUGGUAAUCUAAGAUGCUCGCACGUGCCAUUACUCCCCUGAUCAUUUUACCCAUCCUUUUUACCGGCUGGUAACUCUCUA